AUGCUCGCUAGCGGCGAGGCGAAGCAGGUGGGAGGUGGUGGAGCCGUGGCUGCACGGGCGCUGGGGGGCGCACAUCAACGUGGAGGGACCGACGGGGCGUCGAAGGAAGGCGCCGUGCCCGACACGGGGCCCUCGAGGUGUGCCGUCCCCGCCGCCGGCGACACGGGGCCGCUCGCCGACGCCCUGCGGCGCCGCGUGCACGUUUGGCGCGCGAUGGGUGCGCCGGCAGAGGUGCUCAGGUGGAUUUCCCGCGGAGUAGAAGUAGACUGGGGACCACUGGGGCCUCCUGGAGCGCACGAUGAGGCUGAGAUGGACCUGGACGCGGAGCAGCUCGCCUGGUGGCGGGGCUCGCCGGGCGACGAGUCCGGUGGCGAGGAGGCGCGUCUGACGCAGGCGGGCGCCUUCCGAGCCCUGCGCCCCGGGGAGCGCAUGCCGACCGUCAUUUCCGGGGCUUUCCUGGUCCCCAAGAUGACGGACGGUGUGCGCACGGGCUGGCGUUUGGUCAUCAACCUCAAGUGGCUGAACACCUGGUGUCGGCCGCUUCGUUGUCGCUUCGAAAGCCUGGGCACCCUGCGCCGCAUCAGCGAGCGCGGGGACUACUACGCUAGUUUUGAUCUCGCAGACGGAUACUACGCGGUCCAACUCAGUCCUGAAUCUCAGAAGUACUUUGGAUUUCGGAUGGCCGGCCGCGUCUAUGUCUGCACGGGCCUGCCGAUGGGUUGGCUGAAUUCGCCUUAUGUGUUCACGAAGCUCCUCCGCCCGGUUGUGCGCUUCAUUCGCUCGCAGCAGUCCGCGAAGGGAGGGGAAGCUCUCCUGCGGGCGGCGGGGCUGAUGGAGCCGGCCGAGCUGGCCGUGCUGAGGGGUGUCGACGUGAUUCGCGGCGGGCGGAGGCGGGGAGCCAACACGUUGCCCUACCUGGACGACUUCCUCCUGGUGGGCGCGACGCGGCGGCAGACGAGUGUGUUGGUGUGUUGGGUGCAGCGGCUGCUGGGCGCGCUGGGGCUCCGGCCCCAUCCCCGCAAGUGCCACUGGGAGCCGACGCAGGUGAUCCGGCACCUCGGUCUGAUGGUGGACGCGAAGCGGGGCGUGUUCACCAUACCGGCGGACAAGAAGCGGAAGAUUGCGACGCGGGCGCGCGAGUUGUACGCGUACGCGUCAGGCCAUCGCAGGUGGGCUCCGGCUCGGCACGUUGCCGAGGUGGCGGGGCUGUGCCAGUCUGUACUCCUGGCGUGCCCGGAGGCGCGGCUGUUCUUGCGACGGGUGCACGAGGCGCUGAGGCAGGUGGGAGCUUCGGAGGCCAAGUGGGCCGGCGCGGUGCGGCUGAGCAACGGGGCGCUGAAGGAUCUUCGCUGGUGGGCGCGCAUCGCGCAGCGCGAGCACUCCGGGCCGAUCUGGCUCGACCCUCGCACUGCGACGAUGAAGACCGACGCUUCCCUCGCGGCCUGGGGAGCGGAGGUCAACGGGCGGGCCUACUACCGGGGACAGUGGGGACCCGAGGAGACGACGGAGCACAUCAACGUCCUGGAGGUGCGGGCGGUGCGGCGGGCGCUUGAGGCAGCGGGCACUCAGGUGCAGGGACAAGUGGUGCGGGCUCGGAUCGACAGCCAAGUCGCGAUCGGGUGCAUCAAGCGAUGGGGAUCGCGGUCGGUGCGCCUGAACCGCGAGGUGCUGCAGCUCUGGCUCGCGGCACAGGCCCUGCGGGUGCAGUUGCGGCCGGAGUACAUUCGUACGACGGCGAACAAGGCCGCCGACCAUCUCUCCCGCACCGAUCCAGCCGCGGAAGCCUGCCUCCCGAGAGACGUAUUUCUGGACCUGGACAGGGCGUGGGGUCCGUUCGUGGUGGACCGGUUCGCACAUCAGCUGAACCGGCAGGUGGAGCAAUUCAACACGUUGGUGCCGGCGGCGGGGGCUCCGUACGACGCCUUCGCCCAGGACUGGGCGGACGUCGGCGGGGUCAACUACGCAUUCCCUCCGGUGCAGGCGAUCGGGCAAGUGCUGGCGCUGCUGCGGGUGCGGCCAGCGCCGACCGUGCUCGUGACACCGCGGUGGGAGACGGCGCCGUGGUGGCCGGAGCUGCGGGCUCAGGCCGCGGGGCAUCGUGAGCUGGGGCGGCCGCGCUUGGUGGAGAAGCUCAGCAGCGGGGAGCGCGCCCUCGACGUCGACUGGGCGUUGAGUGCCUGGUUGUUGUGCGCGUCGACAGGUUGA